CAUGGCCGGGGUAGAGGCGCCGCCGCCGGGGGACCCCGGAGGAGGCGAGGCGGAGGCGGCGUCGGGGCCGGCGGACGAGUCGUCGGACAGCGAAGGCGAGCACGAGGCGCCCCAGAAGCUCAUCCGCAAGGUCUCCACGUCGGGCCAGAUCCGGAGCAAGACCAGUAUAAAGGAAGGAUUACUUUUGAAGCAAACCAGCUCUUUUCAGCGAUGGAAAAAACGUUACUUUAAGCUUCGGGGCCGUACUCUUUACUAUGCCAAGGAUUCAAAGUCUUUAAUCUUCGAUGAAGUCGACUUGUCCGAUGCCAGUGUGGCUGAAUCAAGCACAAAAAAUGUUAACAACAGCUUUACGAUAAUCACACCAUUCAGGAGAUUAAUAUUGUGUGCAGAGAACAGAAAAGAGAUGGAGGAUUGGAUCAGCUCUCUGAAGUCCGUACAGUCCCGGGAACAUUAUGAGGCUGCACAGUUCAAUGUGGAACAUUUCUCAGGGAUGCAUAACUGGUACGCCUGUUCCCACGCUCGACCCACCUUCUGCAAUGUCUGCAGAGAGAGCCUUUCCGGAGUUACUUCUCAUGGCCUGUCCUGUGAAGUGUGCAAGUUUAAGGCUCAUAAAAGAUGUGCAGUCAGAGCAAUAAACAGUUGCAAAUGGACUACUUUGACUUCAGUUGGAAAAGACAUUAUUGAGGAUGAAGAUGGUGUAGCUAUGCCUCACCAGUGGUUAGAAGGAAAUCUGCCUGUCAGUGCCAAAUGUGCAGUUUGCGACAAGACCUGCGGCAGCGUCCUGCGACUGCAAGAUUGGAAGUGCCUUUGGUGUAAAACGAUGGUGCACACUGCAUGCAGAGACUUGUUCCCUCGCAAGUGUCCACUUGGCCAGUGCAAAGUAUCCAUUAUUCCACCUACAGCACUGAACAGCAUAGACUCUGAUGGAUUCUGGAAGGCCACAUGUCCACCAUCCUGUGCCAGUCCUCUGUUGGUUUUUGUCAAUUCAAAGAGCGGAGACAAUCAGGGUGUAAAAUUUCUCCGACGAUUCAAGCAGUCGCUGAAUCCAGCUCAGGUGUUUGAUCUAAUGAAUGGAGGGCCUCAUUUAGGUCUGCGAUUAUUUCAGAAGUUUGACAAUUUCCGAAUCCUAGUGUGUGGAGGAGAUGGAAGUGUUGGCUGGGUACUGUCUGAAAUUGAUAAACUCAACUUACACAAACAGUGUCAUUUGGGAGUGUUACCCCUGGGUACAGGAAAUGACCUUGCCCGGGUCCUUGGCUGGGGAGGGUCUUGUGAUGACGACACACAGCUUCCUCAAAUUUUGGAAAAGUUGGAACGAGCUAGCACCAAAAUGUUAGAUAGGUGGAGCAUAAUGUCCUACGAAUUGAAACUGCCACCAAAGCAGUCUAUUCUUCCUGUUACUCCAGAAGAGGAGUCUGAGGAAUGUCAGAUGUCUAUGUAUGAAGAUUCGGUUGCUGCCCAUCUGGCUAAGAUCCUUGAUUCUGAUCAGCACUCUGUUGUCAUAUCAUCGGCCAAGAUAUUAUGUGAAACUGUAAAAGGCUUUGUGGCUAAAAUAGGAAAGAGCGGUGACAGACCCAUGGAAAACGCCGAAGCUGAUGCUAUGGCCACUAAAUGUUCAGAGCUGAAUGAGAAGCUCAACCUGUUGCUUCAGGCUCUUCACUCUGAAGCCCAGGUUGCCCCCAUGUUGCCACGAAGCACUUCCCCCAUUGCAGAGGAAGCGGCUGAAGAGUUAUCAAGCGAAGAGUCUUUGUCCGAUGCCAAGGAGCCGCUGACAGACAUCAACAGAACACCUCUCCCACACCAGAUCUUCAAGCCGCGAGAACAGCUAAUGCUCAGGGCAAAUAGUCUGAAGAAGGCUCUAAGGCAAAUUAUUGAGCAAGCAGAAAAAGUUGUGGAUGAACAGAAUGCCCAUUCGGAAGUGCAAAUAAAUCAGUCAUCGGUGAAGUAUAGUAAGGAAUUGGAUGAAUCCAAAGAAGAAGAUACAAAGGAAUCUGAAGCUCACCCAAUUAAAACUGCCCCCAAAUCUCCAGUUGGACGGAGAAGUCGCAUUCCUUCACAUGCAAGUUCUUUUUCAGCAACAACCUGCCCAGCCAGCAAAGAAAACCUUCCAGUAUUGAACACAAGGAUAAUUUGCCCAGGUCUAAGAGCAGGUCUGGCGGCCUCUAUUGCAGGGAGUUCUAUUAUCAGCAAAAUGUUACUAGCCAACAUUGAUCCAUUUGGUGCUACGCCGUUUAUUGAUCCCGAUCCAGAAUCACUGGAAGGAUAUUCAGAGAAGUGUGUCAUGAACAAUUAUUUUGGCAUUGGAUUAGAUGCAAAGAUUUCAUUAGAAUUUAAUAAUAAACGAGAAGAACACCCUGAAAAAUGCAGAAGCAGGACAAAGAACAUGAUGUGGUAUGGUGUACUUGGUACUAAAGAAUUACUGCAACGGACAUACAAGAACUUAGAACAAAAAGUUCAGCUUGAGUGUGAUGGACAAUACAUCCCCCUCCCAAGUCUCCAAGGCAUAGCUGUUUUGAAUAUCCCAAGCUACGCUGGUGGGACUAAUUUCUGGGGCGGAACCAAGGAGGAUGAUAUAUUUGGGGCACCAUCAUUUGAUGAUAAGAUUUUGGAGGUUGUUGCGGUAUUUGGCAGCAUGCAGAUGGCUGUUUCUCGUGUUAUCAAGCUACAGCACCACAGGAUAGCCCAGUGCCGGUCGGUAAAGAUCACCAUACUAGGAGAAGAAGGAGUCCCUGUGCAGGUGGAUGGAGAGGCAUGGAUCCAACCUCCAGGAAUUAUUAAAAUUGUGCAUAAAAACAGAGCACAGAUGCUAACCCGAGACAGGGCCUUUGAGAGUACGCUGAAAUCCUGGGAAGACAAACAGAAGUGUGAUUCCUGCAAACCGAUCCUGAGAUCCCCUUUGUACCCUCAACAGGCUGUGGAACUGGCCACUGAAGAGGAGACUUUGCAGAUCCAGUCAUCUUCUCAGGCCGCAGAGGAACUGAUUAGCAGAAUCUGUGAAGCUGCAAAGAUACACAGCUUGUUGGAACAAGAACUGGCUCACGCAGUAAAUGCAUGCUCUCAUGCGUUAAACAAAGCCAGUCCAAGUUUUUCGGAGAGCCUUACCAGAAACACUGCCCUGGAAGUCGCCGUCAACAUGAAGGCUCUGCAUGAUGAAACCAAAUCCUUGCUAGUAGGAAGAGCUCCUUUGCAGUUAGAAUCCCCUCAUGAAGAACUGCUCUCGACAGCUGUGCACAAUUUAGAGACUGAAUUAAGGAAGCUGGCCGAGAUUCCCUGGCUCUUUUAUGUUCUACAAUUAAAUGACGAUGAGGAUCCUCCUUUGGAAUAUGCUAAAAGAAACAACAGAAGCACAGUAUUCCGCAUAGUGCCAAAGUUUAAAAAGGAAAAGGUUCAGAGACAAAAGACUAGCCCUCAGCUUGUUCAAAAAUGGGGCACAGACGAAGUUGCUGCUUGGCUGGAUCAGCUCAGUUUGGGAGAGUACAAAGAAAUCUUCAUCAGCCAUGACAUCCGAGGCUCUGAGCUUUUACAUCUGGAAAGGCGAGAUCUUAAGGACCUGGGGAUCACGAAGGUGGGUCAUAUGAAGCGAAUCCUUCAGGGAAUUAAAGAACUCGGCCGGAAUUUGCCAUUGACUGAAGUAUAGCUCUAUUGCUGGCCUCGGAAGAAGAAAGGCUGUUUAUGCAAAGCCGUGGAGGCGCAAUUACCUUCUUUGUAGGUUUCUGCACGGAUGUGUGAGUGUCAGUAUGUGGCGUGCGAGGGAUUGUGUUGGGGGCAUUGCUUGAAAAAAGAGCCUAAGGGGAGUCCUCGGAAGGUUUUUGUGGGCCUAACGUUGCUGUGAAGUACAUCGCGAAGAGCAGCUCUUAAAAGGUCGGCUUUUGACCGAAAUGUGGGCUGGGUAGCUUAUGCGUUAUCUAGCAAAGGGCAAUCAAGAUAGGAUGGCUUUCCUUUCAUACAUGGGAUUUCUCAGUACUGCAACCAAAAACUUAAUGCAGCGAGAGCAUUAGAUUUGAAAAAUUCCUGAGGCCUGGAAACACUUGCCAAUGUGUUGGAGGGACUGAUUACCGGUGGGUUUUUCAGGCAACCUUCCUCUUCUGUCUCUGACCAAGAAAUCAGGCUGGAGCCACCAUGCUGUAUACCGUGAGUGCAAACUGUGAUGCCUGGUUUGCCUGCCUGAACUGUCUUUUUUGUUGCAUGACACACCUGACACUUUACAGACUUGAACAACUUUUAUAUCGGUUUGGAAUAAGGUUUAAUUUAUUACUAUUCUGUAUCUUGUGUUGGUUGAAGGCUUUUUCUGACGUUGUUCGUACCCUAAACGUGCUGUGAACAUCUCUGCUAUUCUCCAGCGUGGGAUGUAUAUUAAAUAUAAUGGAAAGUUUAUGUCCUCUGGCUGCAAGUAACUUAAUAGUAUUUUUAAAAGGCUGGUACCUCACAAUAUUAUGAGUUUACUCCCAAGAAACAGAAUUAUCUGAAUAUUUUCUUAUCGGCUAUGAAAUAUGCAAUGUUUUAUCUCUUACAGCCUCUCUUAAGGCAACUGCUAGCUUACUUUGAGUAUUUAAACUUCAAAGCAUGGCAGCAUUGUGACUCAUAGCAAGGUGGAUGUUUGCUAAUUCAGUGGAAGCAACCAGAUUAUGUUCACAAAACUAAGAUUACUUCAUAUUGAAGGCACACUUGGACCAAUUGUUUGAAUAUCAGGGCUUGAUUAUGUAUUUUUUAACGGAAUCAGUAAAAUUACAGAGCAUAUCAAAUAUUCAGUUUAUCAACACAAGGCAUGUCUUUCCUGUAAAUAUUAAGCAAAUACUUCUUUUAGUACAGAAAUUAUCCUCUUUAGAAAUAUUUAAUUCCUGGGAUAUGCGUGAAGCCUGUUUAUCGGUGUAUUUGUUAAAAUGGACUAGUAAAAUGGAUUAAGAAUUGUCUGUCUUAAAAAUUCUAAUCCCUUUAUUAAAAUAAUAUAAAAUGUAUUUGUAUUUGUUUCUCAGCUGAGGCAGAGCUCUUUCAGGUGUAUGCUUAAGCUUUUCACGUUAAAAAUAACCAGUGUCAAGUACUAGGUCCUAAAUUGACUGGCGUGAUAUAAUUAAAGAUUGUCCAACAAUGAAGAGCAUAAAGACAGUGCCUAAUAGAAGACAAAAUAUCUAUUCUGAUAUAUGUCAUGAUUUCCCCUUCUGCUUAAGUGGCAGUGAGCAACAAUGGGGAAUCCUGAGCGAUACUACAAUUGAAUGCGAUCCAUCAUAGCUUCUGAAAGAAAUUUGAUCAGCUCAGAUAGCAACUAUUGCUCAUCAGAAUUAUGGUAGCAUUUUAUCACUCCAAAUAAGCUGGACUUUCUUACCAAGCUUAGGUGGAGCUCCACA